AUGGAUUUAGCAUCCAUACCACAUUUGGUGUUUGUGUGGCAAUUCUUGGACGAUUUUGCCCUUCUCUGUGCGUCAGGACCGGGAUGCUCGUCGAUUGGUUAUGGAGCUUCGGAGGUUGGACCGUUUCGGAUCAAUAAAACCGGUUCUAAUCUCUAUCUCAACAAGUUUACGUAGAACGCAGAAGCAAACAUUUUGUUUCUGGAAUCGCCGGCCGGAGUUGGAUUUUCGUACACUAACACAAGCUCUGAUCUUAAAGAUUUCGGGGACGAACGGACUGCUCAGGAAAAUUUAAUAUUUCUAAUUAAAUGGAUGUCAAGAUUUCCUCUGUACCAAUAUAGAGAUUUCUACAUUGCUGGUGAAAGCUACGCUGGUCAUUAUGUUCCUCAGCUUGCCAAAAAGAUCCAUCUCUACAACAAAGCUUUAAACAACACACCCAUCAUUAACCUCAAAGGAUUCAUGGUCGGAAAUGGAGAUAUGGACAAGCAUUACGACAGAUUAGGAACCGCCAUGUAUGCGUGGUCACACGCAAUGAUCUCUGACAAAUCUUACAAGUCUAUCCUCAAACACUGCAGCUUCACGCCAGAUAAAACCUCGGACAAGUGCAAUUGGGCACUCUACUUCGCCUACAUUGUUGAGUUUGGCAAAGUCAAUGGGUACAGCAUCUACUCAGCCUCAUGUGUACAUCAAACCAACCAGACCAAGUUUCUGCAUGGACGGCUUUUGGCAGAGGAAUACGACCCUUGUACCGAAAGCUACGCUGAGAUAUAUUACAACCGUCCUGAUGUACAACGAGCUAUGCAUGCUAAUCUUACCUCCAUACCUUAUAAGUGGACCACAUGCAAUAUGGUUGAUACGGACGCAGUGGUUCCAGUGACUGGGACUCGACUUGCCCUCAACAAACUCAAUCUUCCUGUGAAAACUCGCUGGUACCCUUGGUACUCCGAGAAGCAGGUGGGAGGAUGGACAGAGGUAUAUGAGGGGCUUACCUUUGCGACUGUAAGAGGGGCGGGCCACGAAGUGCCGGUGUUGCAACCAGAGCGUGCUCUCACUCUUUUACGGUCCUUCUUGGCCGGCAAAGAACUUCCAAGAUCUGAAUAGUCACACAUAUAAGAGAGAAGGCUCUCUGCAAAACCCGAGUAAACUCGGUGUUUUCUUUUCCAUCUUUAUGUAAAAAUCAACUUCAUUUCCGGCAAUCUUGAGAAUACAUUUAAUAAGAUAUC